AUGGACGAUCUGUUCGAUGUCUUCGACGAGAAGGCGCCCAAAGCAAGCAAUGGCGACGAGCAGGAAAAGGCGAGCAAGAAGAGAUCUUUGAACGGCGAUAUCAAGAGUCCCAAGCAGAAUGGCGACACGCAGAUGUCAGAUGUGCAAGACUUUGCGGGUACAGAUGGCGACUCGAGGAAGGCAGAGAAUGGUAGCGUGGCAUCAGAUCGCGGGCAGAAGCGACAGCGGCGAGAAGAUGAGCCCGAGCCGGUGGUAACUGACGAGUUCGAGACUGAGCAGUCGAGAGAGGUGGCUGCUGCAGCAGGUCUGCAGGCGCAGACGGCAGAUGCAGCAGUGGUGCUCUCACAUCAGGUCCGCCAUCAGGUCUCCCUCCCUCCCGACUGCGACUACGUCCCCAUCUCCCAACACAAGCGACCCGAAAAGCCAGCCCGCGAAUGGCCCUUCACCCUCGAUCCUUUUCAGGAAGUGUCCAUUGCAUCGAUUGAGCGGAAUGAAAGUGUACUGGUAUCGGCGCAUACCAGUGCAGGAAAGACGGUGGUGGCAGAGUACGCGAUCGCGCAAUGUCUCCAGAACAACCAGAGAGUCAUCUACACCAGUCCUAUCAAGGCUCUGAGCAAUCAGAAAUACCGAGAGUUUCAGGCGGAGUUUGGCGAUGUCGGUUUGAUGACUGGAGAUGUCACAAUCAAUCCCACGGCGACCUGCUUGGUCAUGACGACCGAGAUUCUGCGAUCCAUGUUGUAUCGAGGAAGUGAGAUCAUGCGGGAAGUUGCGUGGGUGGUCUUUGAUGAGGUUCACUACAUGCGCGACAAGUCAAGAGGUGUGGUCUGGGAAGAGACGAUCAUCCUGUUACCGGACAAGGUGCGCUAUGUGUUCCUGUCUGCCACCAUACCCAACGCCAUGCAGUUCGCCGAAUGGAUCACCAAGACACACAACCAACCCUGCCACGUCGUCUACACCGAUUUCCGCCCAACACCACUGCAGCACUACUUCUUCCCCGCCGGUGCAGAAGGCAUCCAUUUGAUUGUGGACGAGAAGGGCAACUUCAGGGAAGACAACUUCAACAAGGCCAUGGCGUCGAUCGCGGAGAAGGCUGGCGACGACGGCUCCGAUCCAAUGGCGAAGCGGAAGGGCAAAGGCAAGGAUAAGAAGACGAACAAAGGCGGCAAGAAGGAGGGACCCACCGACAUCUACAAGAUCGUCAAGAUGAUCAUGAUGAAGAACUACAACCCCGUCAUUGUGUUCUCGUUCUCCAAGCGAGAUUGCGAGAACUAUGCACUACAGAUGAGUCAACUGGCCUUCAAUGAUGAAUCGGAGAAAGCGAUGGUGUCCAAGGUGUUCGAUUCAGCAAUAGAAAUGCUGUCUGACGAAGACAAGGAACUGCCGCAGAUCCAGCACAUCCUGCCACUUCUACGUCGUGGUAUUGGAAUUCAUCAUUCAGGUCUUCUCCCCAUCUUGAAGGAGACUAUCGAGAUUCUGUUCCAAGAAGGUCUAAUCAAGGUUCUCUUCGCGACCGAGACGUUCUCGAUCGGUCUCAACAUGCCCGCGAAGACCGUCGUUUUCACCUCGGUGCGGAAGUUCGACGGCACUGGAGUGCGAUGGGUCACGCCAAGUGAGUUCAUCCAGAUGUCUGGACGUGCCGGACGAAGAGGUCUCGACGAGCGCGGUAUUGUGAUUAUGAUGAUCGACGAACAGAUGGAGCCGACUGUGGCCAAGGAGAUUGUUCGAGGCGAACAAGACAAGCUCAACAGCGCUUUCUACCUUGGCUACAACAUGAUUCUCAACCUCAUGCGAGUCGAAGGAAUUAGCCCAGAGUUCAUGCUUGAGCGAUGUUUCUUUCAGUUCCAGAAUGCCGCAUCUGUCACUGGUCUAGAGAAGCAGCUUAUUGAGCUAGAGCAGAAGCGGGCUGAUAUGAUCAUCGACAACGAGGCUGAGAUCAAGGAGUACUACGACCUACGGCAAACCCUCGCCAACUACGCCACUGAAAUGAAGACUUGGAUCACAAAUCCACAGUACCUGCUCAAGUUCCUGCAGGGAGGUCGUCUGGUGAGAAUCAAGUACAAGGACUACGACUUUGGCUGGGGAGCUGUGGUCAACUUCUUGAAGGUUAAGCCUGGCAAGAACCAAGAUCCCAAAGAGAUCCCGAAUGCGCAAUCUGUCGUUGUGGACGUGAUUAUGAACGUCGCGGCUGAUGCGACCCCUCCACAACCAGGCGCCAAGCUCACACAAGAUCUACCGCCUGGUAUCCGCCCACCAAUUCCAGGCGAGAAGGGCAAGAUGGAAGUUGUGCCUGUAAUGAAUGGGACGAUUGACAGCGUCGGGCAUCUUCGUAUCUUCUUGCCCACCGACCUUCGCACCCAAGACCAGCGCAAUACCGUCCGCAAGAGUCUCGAAGAAGUCUCGAAGCGAUUCCCUGACGGUAUCGCUAUUCUCGACCCCAUCGAAAACAUGGGCAUCCAAGACGAUGAUUUCAAGAAGCUACUGCGCAAGAUAGAGGUCCUGGAGCACAAGUUGCUGUCAUCUCCGAUGCACAAGUCGGAGCAAUUACCUGCGCUCUACGAGCAAUACACCGCAAAGGUAGAGCUGUCGUCAGAGAUCAAAGCUUUGCGCAAGAAGAUGACCGACGCACUCUCUGUUCUCCAACUCGACGAGCUGAAGAACCGCAAGCGUGUCCUCCGCCGUCUGGGCUUCGUCAACGACGCCGAUGUCGUCCAACUCAAAGCCCGCGUGGCCUGCGAGAUCUCCACUGGUGACGAACUCGUCCUCUCCGAACUCCUCUUCAACCGCUUCUUCAACGAGCUCACGCCCGAGCAGUGCGCUGCCGUGCUGAGCUGCUUCAUCUUCGAAGAGAAGACCGACGAGUCGCCCGUCCUGAAAGAAGAACUGGCGAAGCCCCACCGCGAGAUCCAGGCUCAGGCCCGACAAAUCGCCAAGAUCAGCAUGGAGAGCAAGGUCGUCUUGAACGAGGAGGAGUACGUAGCCACGUUUAAGAAGGAACUCAUGGAGGUGGUGUACGCAUGGUGCAAUGGUGCCUCGUUUGCGACGAUCUGCAAAAUGACCGACGUCUAUGAGGGUUCCCUCAUCCGCCUCUACCGCCGUCUCGAAGAACUCACGCGCCAGAUGGCCCAGGCUGCCAAGGUCAUGGGCUCGCCGGAGCUGGAGCAGAAGUUCGAGACGGCGCUCACGAAGAUGAGGAGGGAUAUCGUGGCUGCUCAGUCUCUGUACUUGUAA